GUUUGUUUUUGGUUCUUACUUUAAAGAUGAUUAGUGGCAGAAACAAGUGCCCUUUCACUCCAAAUCAAUGGCAAGAGCUUGCUCACCAAGCUCUCAUCUUCAAGUAUAUGGUCUCUGGAGUUCCUAUCCCACCUCAACUCAUUUACUCUGUCAAAACUAGCUUUGAUUCUUCCUUGCCUCCUAACCUCUUAUCUCAACAACACACAGGGUGGAGUUGUUUUCAGGCGGGAUAUGGAAGAAAACCAGACCCAGAGCCAGGGAGGUGCAGGAGAACUGAUGGGAAAAAGUGGAGGUGCUCCAAAGAAGCUUACCCAGAUUCCAAGUACUGUGAGAGGCACAUGCAUAGAGGCAGGAACCGUUCAAGAAAGCCUGUGGAAGUUUAUGCUACUGCUUCUUCGUCGUCGUCGUCAUCAACAACAGGCUCAACUCUUUCAACAUCUUUCCCAUCAAUCAAUAGUAACCUUUCCAUUUCCAGCUCUAAUACCAAUUCUUCAUUCUCUUUUUCUCCUACGCCUUCUGAAACCUAUACCCAUUUCGACCCUUUUCUUUAUUCUCACUCUUCUACUUCCACAAGGCUUCCUGGUACAGGCUUAUCAGUUCCAUCUCACCCUUUCCUGGAUCCUGCAACUGGACUUGAUUACAGGUAUGUUCAUGGAACAAGGGAAGCUGUGGAUGAAAGAUCUUUCUUCCCUGAAGCUUCAGGGAGUGUAAGAGUUGUACCUGAAUCAUAUCCGCCAUUGUCAAUGGUUCAAAGCUUUGGUGAACAAGAGCAGCACCAGCAAUGCUUUGUUUUGGGUACUGAUAUCAAGUCAGCUAAGCCAAUCAAGUUAGAAAAAGAUGAAGAAACUCAAAAACCAGUGCACCAAUUCUUAGGGAGUUGGACACCAGGGAACAACAACAACGGGUCUUGGCUUGAUCUUGCAUCCAACUCCAGGGUUCAUUCAGAUAGUUGAGGUCUCAGUAAUGGAAUCAAUAAAAGCACUUGAACGAUGGGUCAGUUUCAAUACCUUUGCUCUUGAAAUUUGUGGUUAGGAUUGCUUUGUUGUGAUAAAGUUGUGAACCGAACAGUGUAGGGCCAGUAGAAGAUUAUCUAUUUGUUGCUGUCACCCACUCUGAUAACCUACUUUUUAUCUUCUUCCCUGGAGGAAACAUGUUUCGAAUUUGUAAGACUUUACUUCUUUGACUAUGGAAUAGCCCUUAAGAAGUAAAGAUAUUUCCUUUUAGGUUUCUGCCUUGUAUUAUCAAGAAAAAUAUCUCCAGCAUUCCAUCAUUGU